UCAACAUGAAAAGGGUCUCCAGGAAAGCAGGAGUUUAUUUUUUUUAACUGGCAAGUCAAAAUGAAAGUGCAACUGAGCUCCAGCUGAGGGUGUGGUGCUUGAAGACAAAAUGCAAUGUGUCAGACCAAUUCAGAUCAUUUCACUGAAGCACCUCUCAGUUGCAGUCCCUGCUACUAGUCUGCUGACAAAAGCUUUGCCAAGGGCCGGGAUAUGAAUAACUCAACUGAUUACUGGAUUGAGGACGAGGAGGAUGAUCUCAGCUCUGUUAUAGAUUACAAUACAUAUGAGCUUCUCUGUGAAAAAGGUGAUGUGAGAAAUUUCAGUAAAUUAUUCCUUCCUGUGUUCUAUGCAUUGGCUUUCACUGUCGGAGUCGCUGGAAAUUCAUUAGUGGUCGCAAUUUAUGCCUACUGCAAGAAACCGAAGACUAAGACAGAUGUGUACAUCAUGCAUCUGGCCAUUGCUGAUCUGCUCUUGCUCUUCACGCUCCCUUUUUGGGCCGCAAAUGCAGUGCAGGGAUGGGAACUCGGCAACUCAAUGUGCAAGAUCGCUUCUUCUCUGUACACCAUGAAUUUCAGCUCCAGCAUGUUGUUCCUGGCCUGUAUCAGUGUGGAUAGAUACAGGGCCACCUCUGAGCCCCGGGGUAGCAGAAGUGUUGGUAAACACUGCAGCGUCACCUGCAUCUGUGUCUGGCUGGCUGCCAUUUUCCUCAGUAUCCCUGAACUGAUAUUCAAUCAGGUCAAGAAACACAAUGACAGGAAUGAAUGCCUUCCUGUAUUUCCAAUGAACAUGGAAACACUCUUAAAAGCCACCAUUCAAAUCCUGGAAAUUAUCCUCGAAUUUCUGCUUCCUUUCCUUGUCAUGCUAAUCUGCUAUUCAGCUACUGCUCGAGCAAUCUUUAGAUCUGCAAAUGCUAAAAAAUCGAGACCUUUCAUGGUUCUGCUGGCAGUCGUCGCUACUUUCAUCAUUACCCAGCUACCUUACAACAUUGUGAAGUUCUGGCGAGCCAUAGAUAUCAUCUACAUGUUGAUCACUGACUGUGAUGCAAGUAAAACAAUAGAAGUUGCACUCCAGGUCACCAAGAGCAUCGCUUUGUUUCACGCCUGCCUGAACCCUCUUCUCUAUGCCUUUCUGGGUGCCUCUUUUAAAACGCAUAUUAUGAAAGUUGCAAAAAAUUAUGGAUACUGGAGAAGACAUCAACAGAAUGGAAGACCUGAAGAAAUUUCUAUGAAUUAUGAAGACCACAUUGAAGAAACAACUAGUUUCACUCUAUAGACUCUCCAUUACUUUCGUUAUCUUGUAUAAGCAAGGGAAUUAUAUACUAAUUAUUAUAUACUAAUUCUGGGGGUAUUGUUUCAGCAGCUGUUUGUCUGCAAGUAAACUUUCAGAUUAAUUUCUGAAUAUGCAGACUAGGCAAGAAACUUUUGUAGCUACAGUUAAUAAUGUUUUGUUUCUCCAACUAUUUUGUAAAACUGUAGGACACUUGCCUAAUAAGUCAGUUUCAAUUUUUUCCUC